GUAUCCUCGAGGAGUAAUGAAAUGGAGCUUGCUUGAUUUAACAACCAUUUCUUAUUGUGGGUUUUCACACAGAUGAAUAAUUCCUCAGCACUUCUGACCCUAAGAGACUUCUACAAGGGCAGAUCAGCUGUUAAAGGAACACUUCUAGUUUCCCUGGAAUGGACAGUCUUAUUACAGAAACUCCUUCUACCCACUUCCUCUGAUUCACCCCAAGAUGCAUGGUAAAGUUUCAUCCAGGGUUCCGCACACCUCCUUCAGUAUGAUGGAGCAGCCUUUACUGACUUUUGGCUUCCGGGCACGACGGGAUGGCAUUGAUUGGCGCCGAUUCAGUGCUCUGGAUGUGGAGCGUGUGGCGAGAGAGAUGGAUGUGCAAACUCUACAGGACUACUUGGACAGCGUAACCUUCUGUAAUCUGGACUCCGAACGCUGUCCACAUUGCCGCAACCCUCUGGACCCAGUGCUGCUUAAGGUGUUUCGCAUGUCGCAGCUCACCACAGAAUAUCUCCUGUACAGUCAAGAGUACCUGAAUGCCAAAGCAGCAGAGCAAGAAGAAAAGCUGGUACAGCUCAUAGAAGAGCAGGAGCGUCAACAGCUGGAGAUCUCCAAGCUGCAGAGUAAGCUGCAGGCUACCCGUCAAGAAAGCCACAAUCGUAAGAAGAUGAUUGCCUCCCAGCAACUGCUUCUACAAGCUGGAGCCAAUAACUAUCAUAAGUGCCAGUUAUGUGACAAGUGUUUCAUGAGUUACUCAUUCCUUCAAGGCCAUAUGGAACGAAGACAUCCAGAGGUCACAAAUGCAGACAGACAAAAGAAAAGGCAAGUGGAGGAGUUGGAGGAUGAGAUCAAGGGUUUGAAAAGCCAGCAGUUGCUGAACCAAAAGAAGCAGGAGGCUGAGAAGGAGGCAGAAAUUUUGCGGCAAAAGCAGGAGCAGGAGGAGCAGCAGAGACAGGCUGAACUGGAGAGGAAGCGUUUUGAGCAGUGGAAAGAGGAUGAAAGAAGAAAAUUCCAACAGGAACUGAGUGAUCUGAAGCAGCUCUUUCUCAAGGAGUUCCAGGGCAUUAGCAACCAGAGCUCCUCCAUAGAGGCGAAAAUCAAGGAUCUACAAACCAGUAGCUGGCAGACAUCUAACUUGGGAACACUACAGGAUGACCAGGAGGAUCGAGAUCUCUGGGAAAGGGAGCUCAAGGAAGAGAUGGAGCGUGAGAAAACUAAAUGGAAAAAUAAGUUGAAAGAAUCUCGCAGCAAACAUAUUCAAGACAUCCAGGAGAUUAAAAAAGAGAAUGAACGGCUGCUGCAAUCAUUGUCUGCAGACCAAACUUCAGCAUUCGAAAUGCAGAAACUGCAAGAGAAAACACGAACACUCAAAUCUAAAAUUAAAGAGAAGGACAAUCUCAUCAGGAAACAAAAUGAGAAGAUUAAGACAUUAUCUUCAAGACCUGUAGCAGAUAUAAGCAAACAGUCUCCUGUAGAAUCUCGACCCAUCCAGGUGGCUUCCAGUAGUGUGCCAGCGACUGCCAGCCUAUUAGCUGCUGCACCAGUUGUAGAUAAAAUCUCCUCUGAAAGUGAAGAAGAUGAAAUGGAAGACGAAGAAGAUGGAGGCCCUCCAGUCACUCUCAGCAGCCAGCAGAGACUGCAGCAGGCACUAAUGAGGGACCCAGACUUGAUUAAAAAGUGCAGACCCUUCAGUCUGGAGACAUUAGAGGAGAGGCUGGAAAAACUGGGUGUGUCCAAGGGGACCACAGGAAUCUCUAAGCAGAGCUUUAAGAGCUUAACUGCCGCCAUUGACACCCAAAGGCAGAUGAAACCAAAGCAGUUUCAGACCAUUCGAGAAGAGCUAAACCAGAAGGUUACAGAGAAAGCUCGGAAUUUGCAGGGACAUGCAGGCAGCUCUGUAUCAGCUGUCAAAGGAAAAACGAAGAAGCAAAAGUCUCGGCAGAUUUCAACUGAAAGAAAAGCAUCACAGCGGACUCCAGCUCGACUCAUUCAAUCAACGGGACCCCAGCCUGCUCCAAGACACAUAGCUGUGCGUAUGUCGGGAAAGAAAGAAGGCCCACAGAAUAGCACCACUCCCUUCAGCUCAGAAGAUGAGUCAGUAGGAGACAGCGCUUAUGUCACUAGCCAUGGGCCUAAGGACUCCCACCCUGUGAAGGUACUGCAGUCAAGCCCCAGGAAGACUCAGCCUGCGGUGACCGCAGCAAACGAGGAGGACGACGAAGAUUGGUCUGACACAGACAUCUCGUCUGAGCCAGCCAGCCCUAGCAUGGGCGUCACUAAGUUUCCUGGAUCACAAAGUCUCGGCUCAACUGGAUCUCUGGUCCAAACACUAACAAAGAGCGUAGAAAGACAGUUAAACAACCCAGGAAAGAAGCCCAUCGGUGGAGUUAAAUUGAUCCCUGCCCAGUCAACCACUUCUCCAAAGUCCAGCACAACUACGAAACCUCUGCAGGUAAUAGAUAUGGAGAGUGAUCUAGAGCUGUCACCCAUUGAGGAGCUAACACCCGAAAUCCCCAAGCCUAAGGAGUCUAAAAUGCAUGGGAGCACAGAUUCUACUGCUUCACGUGUGACAAGUGUGUGGAGCUCUUCUGCCAGUCGAGGAGAUGGCUGGUGAGAUCAUCCAAGUGUCAUAUGUAUCACUUUUAGAGUGCCAAAAAAACACAGAAACAACCCCAUUGGCAUCUUUGAAACACUGAAGUUGGUGAAGGUGGGUGCUAGUUCAAAAAAUGUUUGAGGAAGAUCCUGGAAAAAACCUGAUAGCUUAUGGUUCUACUGCAUACAAGGUCUGCAAUUUGAUAAAGCAAACAAAAGCCCCAUUUAAUCCAAGUAGCAAUGUUUUCAAUAUUCCUGUUUAUAGGAGCUCCUUGGUGCUGAAACUCAAUUAAGUGUGCAAAUCAGGGCAAACUCCGAUUUGGGCUCAAAUGUGGAGUUCUUGGUGCUUCCACAAAGUCAGAACUCAUUUUAUUUUGUUUAACUAUUCAUCAAGGAGACUGCUAAUGAUAUUUUGAGCUGUAUGGCAAAACUUUCAAAGCUUAUCAUCCCAAGCAUUUUGAAUCUCUUGAAAAUGUAUGCCAACUACUCAUAUGCAUGGAAGAUGGGACCUUAUUUAUCAUUACAGCUUCUUCUAUAAUACUUUUAUUAAUUUGAAAUUUGGGAUUAAGCAGAAUUGAAGUUGUAUGUCCUGUACAUAUUGUGUCAUUUUCAUUUAUGUUUGCUAAAAAAUGUGGCUUGCAAGGAUUCUGAAACCAUCACUGACACACACUCCCUUUUUUUAUUUUUGCUAAACAAAGUAUUGAUUGUAUGUCAUUUUCCACACCACUCAUUUCAUGUUGCAGUUAAAUUUAUAGAUUAGGGGAAAAAAAACUAAAAGUUUAUUAAAACUAAAUCAUUUUUGAUUUUUAAAUUUGAAUGUCAUGACCAGUGAAUGCACAUCAUCCAGUAUAUAACUUAAUUGACACCGUCACAGAACUGGAAAAAAUAGACGCUGGACCACAGAGAAUGAGGGCAAGAUGUGUCAUAAAGGAAACACCUAAGUAGGACUGUUUGGGCCCAUUUUAAUAAGGUGUGGCAAGUUCUUGUUUCCUACAUACCUUUCACACCAUUUCUACGAGCCCCUGGUAGGAAUCGUCCAUUCUUAAUUCUUUGCAGUGUAAGGGUUCCGCUAAUUGUGACAACUUGGUGGUCCAUAUACCUGUUAUUGCCUGGCCACACUAUUUAAAUGGCUUGGUAAUCCUGAAUGCUUCUGUGCUGACCAGCUUCUCAUACCAUUAGCAAGUGUUCAGGACUGUCUGCUUGUGGCACAGUUUAUAGGUGGGAAUAUGUAGAGGCUGGCUUCUGCGCAUCAGGGUCUUCUUAUGAUGCAUUCAGGGGAUACUGAUUGGAGUCUUCUUAUUUACCUGCCCCUCCAUCAUUUGCCACCAGAUCACCCGGCUUUGCUUUGUUUUUUAAAAAAGUAUGCACCAAGUUCAUAUGAAACUUAGUGUGAGGGUAAAUAUAUGUAAAUGUCUGUUGUGAAGCGUCUUAGCACGUGUUGAGUUACCAUUCAAUAUAAUGUGAAGUACAAUUGAAAAAGUAUUUUUAUGGUUUAUAAU